AUGAUUACUCGCAACUUUUUCACUUGGAAUCCGAUUCACAAGGACCAUGCCACACUGGCAAGGUCCGUGAAGGUUUGUUUGCCUACCACUAACCCAAACAUUACAAAGGAAGAACCUGAUAAGGGUAGCUACAUGAAUUGUUCGGCACUCAUGAACUUGAUGGAAGUUAAAAUGGAUCAAAUUCAAGAUGGAACUCUCCUCGAUGCCAGUCAAAUCCGAUGGUACAACGAUCCCGACGACGAUACUCCACUGCCUGUGCUUCCUGCUCAGGCAUGUCGCUCGACUUGUAUCCCAUGCCCUGCACCCAAGCUUGUUGACCCCAACAACGCUGUCUUGCACAAAUGCAAGGCUAGCAGGUCAGUGGUCACGAGUGAGGGCUCUGAGGAGGAAAGUGACUGUGAAGGAGACCAGGAUAACGGGGUAACUACGGAUGCAGCUACUGACAUGGAUCAUGAGACAGAUAUCGACGGCAUCACCCCCUCCGAGUCUGCUUCACAGUAG